AUGACAGAAGAAAGUACUGCUGAGAUUAAUUUAGAACAUUGGAUGGGAAAUUUACCUGCUCAACUGAAGGACAUUCCUUUUAUAUAUUUAGCCAUUCCUGGAAGUCAUGAUUCAAUGACUUUUAGCAUUAAUGGAUCCAGUGGAUUAGCACCUGAUGCAGAGCCCAUACUACAUAGACUGUAUCCUCUGUUCCGAGGUACGAUCAUACGAUGGACUGUAACCCAGGCUCUAAAUACCAUGCAGCAACUGCUAAUAGGCAUUAGAUAUCUAGAUCUAAGAUUGGCCACCAAGCCUGGAACAAAUGCUUUCUAUUUCACACAUGGCUUAUAUGCAGAUGAAAUAACAGAACCUCUGAAUCAAGUCAAAGAGUUUGUUGACACUCACCCAGGAGAGGUAGUGAUAUUGGACUUCCAGCACUUUUAUGGGUUUACUCCAGAGGAUCACCAAAGGUUGAUGAGAUUUCUACUCAAUUUCUUUCGUCAACGAAUUGUGCCUAGACAGAUAGACCUCAGGACUAUUACCCUCAAUACACUCAGUAGAUUAAAGCAACAGAUAGUGGUAGUGUACCGAAACCAAGCGGUAUACGCGACAGGCGAGUUCUGGCAACCGCAAAUGGUGCCGUCGCCGUGGCCGCAGACGGAGCGCGUAUCGACGUUGUUCUCUUUCCUUGAGAACGUAAAGCGGCACCCGGGCAUGGGUUUCGUGCAUCAGGCCGUGCUCACGCCCACACCUAGCUUCAUCGUUUUCAGGUGGAGAUCGAAUCUUCGUGAGAAAUGCGCUGUGCCAGUGAAAAAUGAAGUGCUUCCGAAAUUAAGAGACUUUUCACCGGGACCGCCACUGGCACAAAACUCCCCGAGGGCGCCUGUCAACGUAGUCAUCGCCGACUUCGUCGAUAUGGACAAUGCCGUAUUUCCGAAGACUAUAAUAGAACUCAAUUUUAAAUUACUGCGUAAUACUGACACAGUAUACCACAACGAUGGCUGACAGGAAUAUUAGUACAAAAUUGA